UUGCCUCGACAUCAACCUGGGACAAGCCUCUGCAGCCGGGGCGGAGCACACCCCGAGUCUUCCCUCACACCCCCCCUCCCCCCGUUCUCCUCCUCCUCGCUGGGCUUGAGCCCCCACCCUGGACCGACCGAGCAAGGUCUACUCAUCCCGGGGACCACACGGUGGAACGGCCACGUACGAGGACGUUAAUAUCAAAAAGUUUUCAAGAAUAACGCGUAGGGCGCGCGGCAAAAAUGCAAUGUGGCUGCAGCGUGGCUUCUCUUCAAGGUCAGCAUCGGAGCACCGCCGCCCCACGGACGUGUUCUUUCUCGGGCAGUCGGAGGGAAGAAGAGGCGUGGAUGGGAUGCCGCUGUGUCUCGCUCGCCUCCAGCAUCAACGACAUUUCACCGAGGAGGACAUUGACAGGAGGCACUGACACAGAAACUUGCGGAACAACGUUGUAAACAACAACAACGACAACCGACUCGGCGAGGCUGGCUUUUAAUAGCAGAGUUUUCCGAGACAAAGCUCUCUCUCUCACAUCUUGCCGUUUCCUGCUUUCUCCCAACAGCCUGCGCGGCUCGGGACUGUUUACCUGGCUAAAGGCAGCAGCGCUGGCAGUCAAGCUAGCCUCACGUCACCUGAGGGCAUGGACGGUUGGGUCGGUUAGAACUAGCCCGACCGACCGUGAAAGUCAUUUCUCCCGGUUGAAGAGCACGUCAACCUACGUUAACUAACGUAACAUUACAAAGUUGCGUUCAACUUCCUCGAACCAAGCUGACUUUUUUUUUAGCACGUUUCUUUUCAAUUUUCUCACCCCCCUUAUUUUUAUUUUCUUUUUUUGAGCGGUUUUGGACAAGAUGCGUUCAAGGACAUGUUCGCACGGCCGGGCCGGCGCCGGUAGGAGUUUACCGGAGCGGUGGCUGCUCCUGCUGGUUGUGUUGGUGUUACUCGAGGGCUCCGUGCGUCCUCUCGGAGCCGCCAGCUCCCCGGAUACCGGCGGCCAGGAAGAGGUGGGCAUCCGCAAAAGCACGGAAAGAGAGAACUACACUAAAAAGGCUUUCCCCGUGCUCAGCCUCGACUACCAUCACAUACACAUUCCCUUUGAAGUCUCGCUAUGGGUGCUGCUGGCCUCGUUGAUGAAAUUAGGGUUCCACCUGAUCCCUCGCCUGUCCGGUAUCGUGCCGGAGAGCUGCCUGUUGAUUGUGGUCGGUCUGCUGGUGGGGGGGCUCAUCAAACUAGCCGGAGAGAAAGUCCCCCCGGUGCUGGACGCCAAGUUGUUCUUCCUCUACCUGCUGCCGCCCAUCAUCCUGGAUGCCGGCUACUUCCUGCCCAUCCGGCCCUUCAUGGAGAACCUGGGCACGAUCCUGAUGUUCGCCGUCGUGGGGACCCUGUGGAACGCCUUCUUCGUCGGCGGGCUGCUGUACGCCGUGUGCCAGAUGCAGCCCACCAGCUACCUCCACCAGCUGGAGCUCCUGCCCUGCCUGCUGUUCGCCUCCAUCAUCUCGGCCGUGGAUCCCGUCGCCGUGCUGGCCGUGUUCGAGGAGAUCCACAUCAACGAACUGUUACACAUUAUUGUGUUUGGAGAGUCUCUGCUCAACGAUGCCGUCACUGUGGUGUUGUACCACCUGUUUGAGGAGUAUUCCAGUGCCGGCACAGUGACGGUAUUGGACGGGGUCCUGGGAGUCAUCUCCUUCCUGGUGGUUUCGCUGGGUGGCGUUCUAGUGGGAGUCAUCUACGGGUUCCUGACCGCCUUCACCUCACGCUUCACCUCCCACACGCGUGUCAUAGAGCCACUGUUUGUCUUUGUGUACAGCUACAUGGCCUACCUGUCAGCUGAGAUGUUCCACCUCUCUGGCAUCAUGUCGUUGAUAGCUUGUGGCGCGACGAUGCGGCCCUACGUGGAGGCCAACAUAUCCCACAAGUCCCACACCACCAUCAAGUACUUCCUGAAAAUGUGGAGCAGCGUCAGCGAGACGCUAAUCUUCAUCUUUCUGGGAGUGGCCACGGUGGACGGACCUCACCACUGGAACUGGACCUUCGUCACCGUCACGGUCAUUCUGUGUCUGGUGUCUCGGGUCAUAGGUGUGAUCGGCCUGACCUACGUCAUCAACAAGUUCCGCAUCGUCAAGCUGACGACCAAGGACCAGUUCAUCGUGGCCUACGGCGGCCUGCGAGGCGCCAUCGCCUUCUCUCUGGGCUUCCUGCUCGACAAGGAGCUGUUCCCCAUGAGGGAGAUGUUCCUGACGGCCAUCAUCACCGUCAUCUUCUUCACGGUCUUCGUUCAGGGCAUGACCAUCAAGCCCCUCGUGGAGCUUCUGGCGGUGAAGAAGAAGCAGGAGGCCAAGCGCACGAUCAAUGAGGAGAUCCACACCCAGUUCCUUGACCAUCUACUAACUGGAAUCGAGGACAUUUGUGGACACUAUGGACACCACCACUGGAAGGACAAACUGAACCGCUUCAACAAGAAGUACGUGAAGAAGUGCCUGAUCGCCGGCGAGCGCUCCACGGAGCCGCAGCUCAUCGCCUUCUACCACAAGAUGGAGAUGAAGCAGGCCAUCGAGCUGGUGGAGAGCGGGGGAGGAGUCAAGCUGCCAUCCGCAAUGCCCUCGACAGUUUCCAUGCAGAACAUCCAGCCCAAGAAGCCUCCGCCUGCCAAGCCCGCAGAGAGAGCUCUGCCGCAGCUGCCGAAGGGCCGAGAGCAGGAGAUCAGGAAGAUCCUCCGGAGCAACCUGCAGAGGACGCGACUGAGGCUGCGCUCCUACAACAGACACACUCUGGUGGCGGAUCCGUUCGAGGGCGGCUUCGGUGACUUCAUCAUCAAGAAGCAGCAGAUAAUCGAUCUGGAGAAGAAGAUAACCGACAUGAACAACUACCUGACGGUGCCCGCCGCUCCGCCCGACUCCCCGACCAUGUGCAGAGCCAGACUGGCCUCAGGCAGAGAUACUGAUUUCAAACCUGCUCCGCAGCAGAAGGGAAACAAAAGCUGUCCAGACCCGCAAGUCUACAAGAAGCCGACGUCGGACGACGUGCCGACCAUCCAGGUGGACCUGGCCUCUCCUCAGUCUCCGGACUCCAUCAACCUGAUGGAUGAGUUCAGAGCGGCCAAGAAUAAGAAGCAGCAGGAGGAGGAGGACCAGGGCCUGACCAUGACCAUGAGGUCGCACUCGGGGGCGAGAGGCCCCAACAUGCCUGGCGAGGCGGACCGAGAGCAGAAGAUGACGCGGUGCCUGAGCGACCCCGGCCCCAGCGCCGACGAGGACGAGGACGAGCCCUUCCUGCCUUGAGACGGCAGCCUGGAUGUGGAGGUGGGAGGGGGGGGGGGGGGAGGGGAGAAGGAGAGGGCAGCUUCACUGCUCUAAAUGAUCUGAUGGUUCAGACACCAAACACGCCAAAACUGCAAUUGCUGUAACCCACGAAACUAAAAAGCAAAAAGGAGAUUGUCCGUGCAGAGAUAAUAUAAUAAGAACAUAUAAGAGCCAUUAGUUUGUGAUUAUCAUUGCUCUGUAUUGUUUUAGAUGGGAUCCUAACGGCUGCGAUCUGAGAGCUGGUGGAGUUUAUGGUUGAUAGUCAUUCAGACAUUCAGGAAAGAACUAUGCAUUACCAAAGGUCUGGACUGUUCUGUGUCAGACAAUAUCAUUUCUACUUGUCAGACUGUUUGUCUUUUUUUUAAUGACUGCCUAGUUGUUGUUGUUGUUUGUUCUGUCUUUUAAAGCUUCAAACCUUCUUUGAGACAUGCUGGGCCUCGAGUCCAAAAUAGAAUCAGCUAAGCAAUCCAGUUUACUUCUUCUUCUUCACACAUCACUUGAGUUCACGGUGCUCGUUUGGUUCUGAAAUCGCCGCAUAUUCAAAUAUUUGGCCUCAUUUGACGUCAAACCCUUUUCACAUGGUGCAUUUUGAUCUUUUUUCUCUCUUUUUUUUUUCCAACAUAUUUUCAAUUUCAGGGGUACUGACGUCCGCUUGAGUUUGACCCAGCGCUGCGUAGUCGUGCCCGCGGGCCCUCGGCCCCGUUGCCGUGGAGCUGCGUCGCCUCGGGAGGGAACGCCUCGCUGUCCGCGACACAGCCGGUGAUGUAGCGCGGUACGUCGGUGCUCGAGUCCUCUGAAGUUAAAUCGCAUCUCGUCGUGUCACGGGGCAGCAGAGCCCGUUUUGUGUUUUACCUCAAUUUCAGAACGCCCUUUAAAACUGAACUCGCGGUUGAGUCGUCUCCAGUCGUCUCUGUCUCUGGGCUCUCGGAGCACACCAGUUGACUUCUUUAUGCCACGACGACAUCGCUCGCUCUUUUACACAUGCCGAUUUGCAUUCUUCGGCGUCGUUACCGGCCUCUCCUCGAACAUCACUGCUCCGCUUCUCGCGCGCCGAGCGAACGCCGGUCCGUACAGUCCAUCCCAACCGUCUUCAGAGCCUCUCGGCCGUGGUCACUUGGAUCUCAGAGAGCCGUGGAUCCAUCCAGACAGUUUAUCAAAUAAUAGAUCUCCAUCGUUUUCCUCCCCCUCAUGGGAGUUCCUCCUCUCCGGAGCAAAGGGAAGGGAGGAGGACAAUUAGUCUGAGCUUUAAGUUACGGCUCAUGAAAACCCGACAUGUCCUGAUUCUGCUUCCUCAAAACAGCUUUUAGAUAACAAGAUAAAGGGGGGGGCGACGACUUUUAUAAGAUAGAAUUUAUUGGUAAUUAAAUAUGUUCAUCAACUGUUUUAACGGCUGCUCCCUUUGACCAUAAAAACAUCCAAUCAGCGAACGCAAAAGGUUGCAUUGAACAGACGACUGUGGCCACGGCCGAAGACUGGAGGACUCUCACGGCGGGAAAAACACACAAAAGAAUUCUAUGCAGUAUAGAUGUGUAAAAUAUGUAAAUUGAUUGUAAUAUCUGAUAUUUAUGAAUACCCUCUAGAACUGGAGUCUUGUAAACAUGCAACCCUUUGAGGCGAACAACCGCGGGAGUCGAAGCUAAAAUCAAAUAGACCCAGGAGUCCAUGACGCCUCGCAGGCCGGCCGCCGAGCUGGACGGCGGCCUCGAGCCCGGCAACGCCGUCCUUCCCCUCUCUGACGUCGGCUUUUCUUCCGGCUGGCUUUUUUCUCCUCCUCCUUCAGCAUCUGUGACCGGCUCGCUGCGGUCGCCAUAGCGAGGACAGGAGGAUGCGGAUCAAAUGUAUACGAAACCAAAAACCUCCAAUUUGGAUUAAGACAAACCUCAAAACAGGAGACGUCAAAACCCCCGCGUUUCUUCACAUUAUCAUCCCAGAAAACGUCUAAAUCCCUAAAAAGAAAAUAAAGACAAUAUUUUCACACGUCUCCUUUUUCAAACCAAAUGCACAUUUUCAGGCAGACAUCGUCCCGCCGCGGGGGGAAAUGUUCGCUGCAGGAACCCUCGAUCUUAAGCCAUACCGCCUACAGAAGAACCGAUGUCAUCGUAUGUACGACACAAAACAAAGGCAGAUCUUUUUUUUCUGAUUUUGAAAUCGCUCGUAGUUUUCAAAUGAAUGCUAAUUCAUUUCCGCACUGGGUGUUUUUUUGUUUUUUCCGGCGGCGCUGAAAUGUUUCACGUCAUCGACGUUGCUUUUAUUGGAUGUGUUGGACUGAACUACAACAACAACACUGUCGCCGCACCGGCGUUCGCUUCAGCUCUGUGCUUCAUUUCUGACGCUGCGUUCAAGUGCAAGUAUUCUUUUUAUUUUGGGGGGGGGGGGGGGGCCUUUACAGGGAUUUCUGUAACUGCUAGUCUCUUGCUUUUGAUUGUCACGCGCUUCAUGUGCAUUACAUCACUCCAUGUGCUUUACCGAGGUGUCCAACCUCUCAUGUUUACUUUUCACUGCACUCCAUCCGCACCACUCUGAACUGUGGAGUUCAGGCUCCAGCAGAAAGUUCACGACUAUAAACUCUAAUUAGUACGGCUCAUAAGAUUCAAACCCCAAAUUAGACUGUUCCGGGGGGGGGGUUAAGUGAAGGCAUCCACUACCAUUAGCUACGCAUGCGGACCAACAGCAAACUGGGGAUUUGUGCAUGUUUUUACCAUUUUAGUUUUCUUUGGUUUCCAUUCAUUCUCCAGAGAAUAACCUUGAAAUGACUUCAAACCUGCGUCUGGGCGACUUUUAGGUGUUACAUUUCUGAUCUUUGUCACAACAAUACUGACAUGCUCAUAUCAAUGUGCUCCUAUGUCCAUUGAAACUGCUUUUUUGGUUACAGUUUUGGUUCUUCCGGUGCAUAGUGGCCGUAAAGAUAUGAAAAGGCAUUUCUUGAGUUGAGCCAGAGAGGAUAUGAAGUGGCACAGUCGGAGAGACGUCUUAUAUCUUCCGAAAUUGCAAUCUUUUAGGAUGACAUUUGCCUUUAGUGUAGUUCUAACUCCACUGCAGCUCCGCUAGAUGGAACACACAAAGGGAGCUGAUUUCUAAAAAGACUCAAGUUGUUUGUUUACGUUAGAUUGCUGUUUCAAGCUCAAAUUAUUAGCAUUUUUUUAUGAAACUGUAUUUCGUCUUCCAUCAAUUACAUUCAAAUUUGUUUCAGAAGAGAUCUUUUAAAGGGCCGGUAUGAACAGGAGAAACCAUUACAGAGACCCAUAACUCUUUCAAUGGGCAUAGAAAGGGAGGUAAAUGGUUGCCAGAAUGUACCAUGCGUUGGUUACCACAUGAUGUGCACUACCUGAAACAUUGGACACAAUGGUACGUUCCUUCAGUCCUUUGACCGGCCUAUCAGUGGAAGGCUGGCGGUGAGACUGCGGAUGAACAAUCGAGACUCCAAUUCUAGAGACGGCAAUUGCCGUGUGACGCACGCCAUCGACCUCGUGACCCCCCCCCCCCCCCGAUGGUGUCAUUUCCCAGCCACCCAAAGACGGUGUUCCUUCCCUCGUUUACCUCGUCGUCCUCCGCCAUUUUACACCACACGAGCACUUUAACGGAGCCGUACCUUUAUCUCAAAACACCGGUUUUAAAGAGAGCAAUAAUAAGUGGCUUUACCGUCGUGUCCACGUGCUGCAUGGCUCUCAGGUGACAGCUCACGGGGAAGAGGAAUGUUCUUCACGGUGGGCCUUACACACGGGGAGGCGUUUGGGGCUUUUAGUCCCGAGGCAGAGAAGCUGGGGUUUAAAAUCCUCGUGAAGGCCAACUCGAUGAAAUAGUGGAUCGCAUUUCCCUUUAUUUUUUUUUCCUUCUAAUUUACCUUCAUGUGUUUUUUAUUUGUCAGUCAAUUAUUUGCAAAUUUAAAUUUUGCAAUAAUUAAGGUUUAUUUUUAUUUAAAAUACAUAUAAAUGGGAAUAUAUGUGUAUAUAUAUAACAAAGGAAAAUAAAAAUGUAUUUAGAAAAAUUGACUAUGUAUGUACAAAUCAGAGUGAGAACAAGUGCACUUUCUUGUUGAUUACUCUUCAGCUUUCAGCAUUCCAUUCCUGUAAUGAACCGUGAAACUAACAACCAGAAUUGAAACCACGUCAGAAACUAUAAACCAAAUUAAAGUUUUACUUUAUAACAA